GCCAAGGCACAAAGUUCGGCCCUCUUAAUGGAGCGAAACUGGCAGCUCUUCAAGAGAAAUUUCGUCAUGUUAAAAUUAUCAUAAUUGACGAAUAUUCAAUGUUGAGCUUGACCAUGCUUGGAAAAAUUGACGCUCGUCUUCGUGAAGCCAAAGGCAACAACCUUUUUUUGUGGUGGGAUGACUGUUAUUUUGGUUGGAGAUCCAGCUCAGCUUCCUCCUGUGGCUGCUCCUUCCCUCUAUUCCCAAUCGACAGCACCGUAUGCCAACGAGGGUCGGGCCGCUUACUUGGCUUUCCAAUCCGUCAUCAAGUUGACAGAAGUUCGACGACAACUAGUAGAAGAUGGCGACAUUGACCAGCAAACAUUCCUGGACACACUUAACUCUUUGAGAGAGGGAAACUGUUCCAUAGACCAGUGGAAAUUCCUUCAAGCAAGAAAUCCGGAAGCCAUUGCCAACUUUGGCACUGAUUUUGAAGAUGCGACCUACUUGUUUGCCACCAACGAAGCUGUAAAUCGCAGAAAUUACUUCAAACUACCACAACUUCAAAUGCCAAUCACCCUACUACGGUCGGUAAAUCUGCCUUCAAGUGGCAAGUCAAAGCCAUCUGAUCAGUUUCGAGGGCUUCAAGUUGAACUGUACCUUGCGAUUGGAGCCCAAGUAACGUUAACAUCCAACAUCAACACGGCUGUGGGACUCACUAAUGGUGCCAGAGGUACCGUGGUUGAUAUCGUCUAUUCCAAACAGCCCAAUGUUGAUCUGCCUGAUUUCAUCGUUGUUAGAUGGCCUGAUUAUACCGGUCCUCAAUUCUUCUCUGCAACCAUGAAUAACGGCAUUUCAACUCACAACUGUAUACCAAUCCUGGCCAUAUCCAUACGGUCUGAUGACACGAGAGCCGUCCGGAUUCAGUUUCCCCUUCGCCUUGCUUAUGCGAUGACCGUAUGGAAAUCUCAAGGAGAAACUCUAGGCAAAACUGUUGUAGACAUCGGUCCCAAAGAAACCGCCGGCCUGACUUUCGUCGCUCUUUCAAGGGAACGACACAUUAGUGAUUUGGCCGUCUUGCCAUUUGACUAUCAAAGAGCAUUGAAAAUAUCGACUGGCGAUGGGUUAUUUGCUAGGAAGAUGGAAGAAAGACGGCUAAAUAUGUUGUGUCAGGCUACACAAGAUCAAUGGUUUGCAAAUAACCAUCCACCAGAUGCCCAUAGCAUUGCCGCUAUGACGCAACCAUGA